AGAUAAACAGGGGACGAGUAUUCACUACCCGGACGAAUACUCCCCUUGCCCCAGAGAUCUUUGCGGAACCGUAUCCGUAGGGAUUCAAGAUGCCGUUCGUUAAGCGUUAUGAUGGGGAGUCGGAUCCCCAGGAACACAUAAACAGCUAUGUCCAGGUGAUGAUUGCCAUUGAUGCCAGCGAUGCAUUGAUGUGCCGAUGCUUCUUGCAGACGGUGGAUAGCAAGGUGGCAGAUUGGGUGAAUCACAUUCCUGCCGGAUCGAUCCGGACAUGGGAUGAGUUGGGUUUGCGGUUCCUAGAACAUUUCGCAUGGGAACUGCCGACCCAAGAAGCAUUUCACUCACCUGGCUUCAGUAUGGCAGAAGCACAGAGAAUCCUUGAAGAAUUUCCUAAUACAGUGGAGGAAAGAGUCCAUGGAGGUUGAAGGAACCGACGAUAAAUCCAG